GCAGGGGCUGGACUGCACUCACUAAACUCUCACUGGCACUUCAGGCUUCUUCAACAUUUAGAGUCAGUGAGAAAGACACAAGACCUACUUCGGGAAGCAAGAUUGAGUAAAGGAGGCAUUCAAAUAAAAAAGCCUCACAACUUUUGUUUUUUCCUAGAUAGUGAAGAGUCUAGUCCUGCAUGGAAACAGAAGACAGUUGGUGAGGAACGACUUUUGAAGAGUCUCAAGACAUUUCUUGCACGGGAUUGAUCAGGAUCAAAUCAUAAGCUGUUUUCAUUUAUUUUUUUAUUUUAUCGGAUUUUUCAUUUCUCGUUGACUCUUUGACCAUGAGGAACAUGUAUCUGCUGAGUCUGGGUCUUCUAUUGGCACUGACAGAGAACAUCAUGAAGGUGACGACCUGCGACAUUGGAUUGAGUAAGAUUAAGGGAAAAUGCAUAGAUGACAAUGAGUGUGAGUCUAUUCAGCCGCCCGUCUGUGGAGAAGAUGCAAUAUGCUUCAAUACAUAUGGAAGUUUCUACUGUCAUUGUAAUGGAGGGUUCGAACCAACUCACAAUUUCACACAAACUGAUGGAAUCAAAUGCGAAGACAUCAAUGAAUGUACGGAUGGAAGUGCUGUGUGCGGUCCUAAUGCAGUGUGUGCCAAUUCUGCUGGAGGUUAUUUAUGCACAUGUAAAUAUGGCUACAUUUCCAGCAAUGGAGAAGAGCUGUUUAUUACAGAAGACGGAGUUCAGUGUAUUGACAGAAAUGAAUGUUUGGAUGGAAGUGCUGUGUGCGGUCCUAAUGCAGAAUGUGUCAAUUCUGCUGGAGGUUAUUCAUGCACAUGUAAAUAUGGCUACAUUUCCAGCAAUGGAGAAGAGCUGUUUAUUGCAGAAGACGGAGUUCAGUGUAUUGACAGAAAUGAAUGCGACGAUCCCGGUAUUUGUGGAAUAAAUGCAACAUGUCACAACACCCCCGGUUCACAUUACUGCAUUUGUGCUGUGGGCUUCACACUGACGUCAGGAGAAACUAACUUCACUGAUUCAGAUGAACUCUGCAUGAGUGUAUGUGACAUUGAUAAAUCUAUCUGCGGAGAAGGAACCUGCACAAACAGCAAAGACGGCCAUGAGUGUGUGUGUAAGUCAGGAUUCACCAACUAUGGACACAAACAAAUGAAAUGCACAGGGUCUAAGAUCUCGGUCCUCCACAUACUCAGUUCUGUACUGGCAGCUUGUCCAUAUCUGCUAGUGACAGUCGUGCUGAUUUACAAAUGCUGCAGAAUGAGAGCUCUCCUGCUACGGAACGCUGAGGUCGGUUCUGUGAGUACACCAGUCUACGGCCACUGCUGUUUGCCUACACUGUUCUCAUCUACGAAUUCAUUGCCAGCUUAUGUUUAUUAUUAUUGAGAGACUUUCUGUUUGCCAGCCUAUGCGGCCAAUUGCCUAAUUUCUAUUAAAGGCAUUAUUACCAGCUUUCGCUUUUGGGCCCUCUCUCUCAGCCUUGACAAGGAUACCUUUGAUAAGAAAUGCAUACAGUGAAAGAUGAUGGACAAUCCUAAGUAAAAACGUUUUGUGUUUAUUUAAUAGUUAUAUCUGUUGAAGAAGAAGAAACUUCUAUCUGAUAUUAAACCAAGAAAACUUCCAUACUUCCUGGAAUCACUCAAUAUCUCAUUCACAAGCUUGGGCAGUAUGUGCUUUGAAACUGUGUUUUAGUGACAACAGCAUUUUUAACUGUUCAUGUUUCUUCUUUUAAAAUAAAGCUAAAAUGCUGAUUAGAAAAAAACAAAUCUGCAGCGGUCUCUUUCUAACCGAAUCACGGAGACUCACGUCACUAGUAGCCUAGAUUUGUUGUUUAACUACUGCGCUGUGUUACCGGUGGACAUUUUCUUCUAGGGCAGCGAAACAAAUGCAUUCUGGGAGUUGUUGUCUUUCAUCCACAUAAUCCAAAAUUACAUUUUCUGGCUUUUCUCAGUCUAGAAA